AUGGCGUCAACAGAACUAAGUGCCGACGAACGUGCAGAAAUUAAAGAACAUUUUAUAAGUGGGGACAGUUUGAUAAGUUUAUCAAAAUUAAAAAAUGCAUUGGAUCAAGGCGGAUUUAAGUUACCGGGAGGGAAAGUAAGAAAACUUAUCGAGGAAUAUGAUGAUAAAAAAAAUACCCAACACGAGGGUCAACUUUCAUUAGAUGAAUUUGAAAAGCUAUGUGUCAAUUUGAAAGCAAGCGAAGCGGGAACAAGAUUCAAACAAGUCGUUUCGAAAAAAGAAAAUUUAGAAACUUUGGGAGGAAUGUCGGAUGCAUCGAGCGUGGGAACGACGCAUUCCGUACGUUUGGAAGAACAAUUGGCUUUCUCCGGUUGGAUAAAUAGUAACCUAAUAAACGAUCCCGAUUUGAAACAUCUUCUCCCGUUGGAUCCCCAGGGAAAAACACUUUACGAUAAAGUCAAAGAUGGCAUUUUACUUUGCAAGAUUAUAAAUCAUUCGUGCCCCGAUACAAUUGACGAGAGGGUUAUCAACAAAAAAAAUUUAACAGUGUACACAAAGCAUGAAAAUUUAACAUUAGCACUUUCCUCUGCACAAUCAAUCGGUUGUAAUAUAGUCAAUAUCGAUGCACAUGAUCUUUCAAAGGGAAAACCUCACUUAGUUUUGGGUCUUCUGUGGCAAAUCAUUCGGAUUGGUCUUUUUAAUCAAAUUACUUUGGAGCAUUGCCCCGGUUUGGCAUCGCUUCUCGGAAAUGGUGAGAAACUGGAAGAUUUGAUGAAAUUAUCACCCGAAGCCAUUCUUAUACGUUGGGUUAAUUAUCAUUUGGAAAGAUCUGGAAUAAACAGGAGAUGCAACAAUUUCCAAAGCGACAUCACGGAUUCGGAAAUUUAUUCCCAUUUGUUGAGACAAAUCGCACCGCAAGAUGCCGGCGUCACGAUGGAAGCUUUGAUGGAACCUGAUUUAUUGAAACGAGCUGAAUUGAUGUUGGAACAAGCUGGAAAAUUGGGAUGCAGGAGUUUCGUGACGCCGAUCGACGUGACGACGGGAGUGUACAAGCUUAAUUUGGCUUUCGUCGCGAAUUUAUUCAACAAUCACCCCGGAUUGGACAACACGGAAACUUUCGACGGUUUAGAAAACAUCGAAGAAACGAGAGAAGAAAAAACUUAUCGGAAUUGGAUGAAUUCGAUGGGAGUUUCGCCUUACGUGAAUUGGCUUUAUUCGGAUCUCGCGGACGGUUUAAUUAUAUUUCAAUUGUAUGACGUCAUAAGGCCCGGAAUCGUCAAUUGGAACAGAGUUCAUAAGAAAUUUUCUAAAUUGAGAAAAUUCAUGGAAAAAUUGGAAAAUUGUAAUUACGCCGUGGAAUUAGGUAAACAACUCGGGUUCAAAUUGGUCGGCAUUGCGGGAACGGACAUAAACGACGGAAACACGACGUUGACACUCGCACUCAUUUGGCAAUUGAUGAGAGCGUACACGUUAUCCAUAUUGACUCAGUUGGCAAACACGGGUAGUCCAAUCAUCGAAAAGGAAAUUGUUCAAUGGGUCAAUUCGAAAUUGCAACAGCACAACAAAGAAUCCACCCUUAAAAGUUUCCAGGAUCCCACCCUUGCAGAUGCCAGAGUUGUCAUAGAUUUAAUCGAUUCCAUCAAACCGGGUUUGAUUAAUUACGAAUUGGUUCGAAGCGGAGGAACCGAAGAGGAUAAUUUAGCGAAUGCAAAAUACGCCAUUUCGACGGCUCGUAAAUUGGGAGCAAGAAUUUAUGCCUUACCCGAAGACAUAACAGAAGUCAAACAAAAAAUGAUCAUGACAGUUUUUGCUUGUUUGAUGGCAAUGGAUUACGUUCCAAACAUGGAUAUAAGGCAAUCGUAG